CACGAACUUGGAAGACCGCGUUGGAAGAUGGCUGCGUCCGUGUGGUGAAGGUUUUGUUUGUUUUUAUUUUUGUAUUAUUUCAGCUUUGAAGUAACGCGGCCGUGAAAACUAAAAGGCAGUGGUACUGUUGGCUAACAUCAUGAAAGUUGUCAAUCUGAAGCAGGCUAUCCUGCAAGCGUGGAAAGAAAGGUGGAGUGACUACCAAUGGGCUAUCAACAUCAAGAAGAACUUCCCCAAAGGUACUACGUGGGACAUGCUGAAUUUAGCAGAAGCAUUGCUUGAACAAGCUAUGAUUGGGCCAUCUCCUAAUCCUCUGAUUUUGUCUUACCUGAAGUAUGCAAUCACCUCACAGAUGGUGUCUUAUUCUGGUAUUUUAACUGCUAUUAGUAAGUUUGAUGAGUUUUCUCGGGAGCUCUGCAUUAAAUCUCUUCUGGAAAUCAUAGAUAUGUUUGUUCACAGAUUAAGCUGCUAUGGAAAAGGAGAGGAAUGCAUUGGUUUAUGCAGGGCUUUGCUCAGCGUUGUGGUGUGGCUUCUCCGAGGAGUUGCUUUUUACACAGAGAGGUUGAAGGAAGUGCUUGACCUCAAUGCUGGAGAGAUUCAGCUGAAGGAUUGUUUGGAAAGGCUAGAGUAUAUUGUUCACAGCACAAAGAACCGAGCAAUGAUUCACAUUGCCCGGCUAGAAGAACCAGCAUCCUGGACAAAUGUGGAGCAGGCAGUCGUUCGAGUAAAUGAGAACAUGAGUAACCUGUCCAAUCCAGUCCUGAGGGGAAAGCUGGAGGAGUGCAUCUCAUUGGUGAAGAGUAUACCUGUGAUGCUGUCAGCACAUUCAGAAUCACCUGCACGAAUGGCCUUCCCCUCCAUACAUGCUCUUGUUUUGCUGGAAGGUACUAUGAACCUUACUGGGGAAACUCAGCCUCUGGUAGAGCAGCUAAUGAUGGUUAAGCGCAUGCAGCGAAUCCCAUCUUCUCUGUUUGUCCUUGAGAUUUGGAAAGCCUGUUUCACUGGUCUCAUUGAAUCUCCAGAGGGUACAGAGGAGCUCAAGUGGACAGCCUUCACAUUCCUCAAGAUUCCACAGGUGCUGAUCAGAUUAAAAAAAUACCCACAAGGAGAAAAGGAUUUCAUGGAAGACAUCAGCGCUGGGUUUGAGUAUUUACUAAAGUUCACCCCACUCCUGGAUAAGGCCGACCAGCGGUGCAACUGUGAUUGUAUGAGCAUGUUACUCCAGGAAUGCAGCAAACUAGGCCUGUUGUCUGAGUCCAAUACUGCCAACCUCAUUGCUAAAAGAGCAGCUGACCGAGAACAUGCUCCACGUUUGAAGGCUGCUGAAAAUGCCAGCAUCCAGCCAAACCCUGGGCUAAUUCUGCGAGCAGAGCCCACUGUAACCAACAUCCUCAAGACAGUGGAUGCAGACCACUCUAAAUCGCCAGAAGGACUGUUGGGUGUUUUGGGACACAUGUUGUCAGGGAAGAGCCUAGACCUCCUGUUAGCUGCUGCUGCUGCUACUGGCAAACUGAAAUCCUUUGCCAGAAAGUUUAUUAAACUGAAUGAGUUUCCAAAACACAUCACUGGAGAAGGAACCAAACCUGCAUCAGUUCGGGCUUUGUUGUUUGACAUCUCUUUCCUAAUGCUGUGCCAUGUGGUCCAAACCUACGGCUCUGAGGUAAUCCUCUCUGAGCCAAGUCCUUUGGGGGAGACGCCUUUCUUUGAGACAUGGCUCCAGUCCUGCAUGCCAGAGGAGGGGAAGAUUUUGAACCCAGAUCAUCCAUGCUUUAGACUAGAUCCAGGGAAAGUCGAGGGUCUGGUAGCCCUGCUGAAUAGCAGUGCAGAGAUGAAGCUUGUGCAAAUGAAAUGUCAUGAGGUAUGCCUGACUAUACCAGCUGCCAUACUGGAGAUUCUCAAUGCCUGGGAGAAUGGUGUAUUAACCAUGGAAUCAGUGCAGAAAAUCACAGAUAACAUAAAAGGGAAGGUAUGCAGCAUGGCUAUCUGUGCAGUGGCUUGGCUAGUGGCUCAUGUCAGAAUGCUGGGGCUUGACGAAAGGGAAAAACCCCAACUCAUGAUCAGACAGCUCAUGACACCUUUCUAUGGGGAGAGUACAUUGCAGUUCUACAGUGAGAGGGUGGUCAUCAUGAGCUCAAUUCUGGAGAGGAUGUGUGCUGAUGUUUUCCAGCAGACUGGUAACUCAAUUAAGUUCCCAAUGGAAGGGUUGGAUCCUAUCCCAUACAGGAAUUUGCUGCCUCCACGGGAGCCAAUCAGGGAGGCACUGACUAAGCAAUUCACCAAAGUCUUAGACAGAGGCUGGGUGGACAGUCAAGCCUUACACCUGUUAGAGAGUCUACUCCAUAUGGGUGGCGUUUACUGGUUCACCAACAACCUUGUGAAGGAGCUAUUGAAGGAGACGAGGCAGGAAUACACACUGCGUGCGGUGGAGUUGCUGUACAGCAUUUUCUGUUUAGACAUGCACCAGAUUUCUCUCACCCUUUUGGGACACAUCCUUCCUGCCCUUCUCACCAACUCCUCAAAGUGGCAAAGUCUUCUUGAUCCUCCUGGCAAGUCCUUGGCUAAACUUGCUGUCUGGUGUGCUCUAAGCUCCUUUGCCUCUCACAGUAGAAGCCAGGCCUCAGCCAGACAGCGCAAAAGACAGAGAGAGGAUAUUGAGGAUUAUAACACAUUAUUUCCACUGGAUGAUACACAGCCCUCUAAGCUAAUGAGACUUUUGAGUUCAAAUGAAGAAGACACCAAUGUCCUUUCCAGCCCAGGUGACCGAUCCAUGAGUAGCUCACUCUCUGCCUCCCAGCUUCACACUGUCAACAUGCGGGAUCCAUUGAACAGAGUUUUGGCAAACCUUUUCUUACUGAUUUCCUCCAUUCUGGGCUCAAAGACUGCUGGUCCACAUACUCAGUUUGUACAGAAUUUCAUGGAAGAAUGUGUUGAGUGUUUGGAACAGGGCAGCCGGGGUAGCAUCCUGCAAUUUAUGCCUUUUACCAUGGUGUCGGAGUUGGUGAAAUUGCCUGCACUGGCAAAACCGAAAGUGGUCUUGGCGAUAACAGACUUAAGUCUUCCAUUGGGUCGGAGGGUGGCCGCAAAAGCCAUUGCUGCAUUAUAAAACCAUGGGAGCUUACUGUUGUUUUGGGACAUCACCAGCAUAGCCAACUUUCACUCGUCAAUGCCUUAUUACAUGGGGACUGAACUACUUGCCAUUUUUCAAAAAUGUCCUGUUUGCUGCCUGAUUUUUGUGGAUACAUCCAAAAGGUUUUUUUUUCCUAAUUAUUUUGGACCAGACUUAUAAAUAUGUGCAUAUAUUUUAUAACAAAAAAAAAAAAGUAAUAAAGCCAUUGCCUUUGUA